AUGCAUAUUCGUGAUAAGUAUAUUGAUAGAUAGAAUUUCAAAGAAUCUGAAAAGAUAGACAAUUAGGAAUAAUUUAAUAGAGCCAAUGAAUUUUUCUCUUAAUUCCCUAAGAUUGAUCUUUAGGCUGAGAAAGUAAGAUGUCCAAAAUGUAAUUUGCUUCAUAAGGUGUAUUGUUUAAAAUGUGGUGAGUUGCUGGUAAAUAAAGAACUAAUUCCAAAAGUUGAGUUGCCUGUAAAUCUAUUUAUUCUACACCAUAACAAAGAAAAGCAUUAAAAGAGUUCAGCUAUACCUGCAAAAUUUUUGAGUGAUUAAGUAGAAGUAAAAGAUUUCCCUGGUGAAUUUGAAUUUGAUGAGCAUACAUAUAUUCUUUAUCCUCACUAAAAUGCCAAAUAUAUAAAAGAACUCUCUUAAGAGGAAAUUUAAGGCAUUAAAAAACUUGUGGCCAUAGAUUGUACAUGGCAUCAAACAGGAGCAAUUUUAGAAACAAUUUCAAAAAAAUAUCCAAAUCAAAAGUUCCUCAAACUAGAAGAUUAUCAAACAUAUUUUUGGAGAUACUAGCAUCAUAGUUUGAAAUGCUUAGCUACAAUAGAGGCUAUAUAUUACUGCUACCAAGAAUAUAGUAAGGCCAUGAACAUAGAUAAGAAUUAUGAUAAUUUGCUAUUCUUCUAUAAAUACACCUUUUAAUAAAUGACAGAGUCUAUAAAAAAGGAGAUUGGCAAUCCAAAUGUUUAUGAAAAGAUUGAGUAGAAAAAACAAAGAAUUUUGCAAGCUAAAUAAGAUGCAAAAAAAGAGAAAUAAUUUAAGAAACUGAUGUGA